CGGGCAGGCAGCUACGCAGAGAGGCCCGGGCAGGCAGCUGCUCAGAGAGGCCCAGGCAGGCAGCUGCGCAGAGAGGCCCGGACAGGCAGCUACGCAGAGAGGCCCGGGCAGGCAGCUGCUCAGAGAGGCCCAGGCAGGCAGCUGCGCGGAGAGGCCUGGGCACUAAGCCUCUACCGUGUCGCGCCUGACGUCAGCCUCUGAAGGCAAGCCGGGCCCUGACCCAUAUCCGCUGGAGCUCGUUAGAGCUGCGCUGCGCAGGGAGCCGCUGUAGCGCAUUCAGAGCGCAGGGUUUCACAGCGCAGGGUUUCACAGCACUGCUUGACAGCCUGCGUCUCCCCGGCCCUUUAAGAACAUGGAAACCAGAAAGGGUUACUUCUGUUUCCCGCCACUUCCCGUGCGGAGAUGUGGCGGUCCUUUUGUUCCUUUUGUUGGGUUUCACAGCCGCCCUGCUGACCCGAGACCAGUUUGCAGCUGAGUCCUGAAAACAGCUGCAUCACGGAGGCGAGGUAUAUUCUGGCAUUAAUGUCAGUGUUGGGUGUCUGAGCUCAUGGAGGUGACUGCAGCUCCACUGGGCCGCUGUUAUCUCUAAACCCUGUGCAGUCAGAGCUUCAAAACACCCUUAAACACAGGCCGCCUUAUUAUCGCUGUGCCUGAGCAGGGUUAGGGUAUGGUGUUGAUGUAUGUUUAUACAGGGGAGGAGUCUUAAUGUCGCUUCACAAUAAGCUGACUGCAGUGAGGUUAUGCCACUUAUGUCACUGAACUUGUUUUGACGUUCAGCGGUAGGUGGGUAUGCCCCUUUGUGCAUGAGAGAGAGAACCAUUCGGCUAAACCUGCUUCGCAGAAACUGUGCCCAGUUUUGGAGUAAAUCCAUGUGAUUUUGCAAAGGUCUUCAGUGUGCUGAGUUCUGUCUGAAAAGUGCUGACGCAGCAGUGGUUGUGCAAGCCAAAAGCUAGCCCAGGCUAAUCUUUAGCCAGAGCUUAGCAGACUUUCUGAACUGCUAUCAGGAGUAACAGCAUUAUUCACAGAUACAUGUUUCUUGAGUUGGAAGUGCGUGUUUGUGUGAGCAUGUGUGCGUGCAUGUUUGGCUAAUGGGUUGCAAAGUUUAACACCUCAAAACAAAUCAAACCAAUGCUUGAAAAGUUUGUUUUUCCCCCCAGUGGUCAGUGAGCCAAAAUGACAAAUAUAAUUUUGAGUUUUAAAAUCUUAAAUUGACGGUAGCUUACCAUAUCUUCUCAUUUGUGUAUGUAUAUAAAUUUACUAAUGCUUUUAACGCACAUCAAGGCCACUGUGGCAAGACAGCAGGUAGAGAACAGCCAGACACAACUGCUUCCCGAUACUGCCCCAGUGAGGUCAUCACAAUCUGCUUCUUAUUACACUGGGAAUUAUGGGAAAUAUUCUGAGCAGUCUGCUAAGUGCAUAAAAUGUGAAUGUGCAGUGAUAAGGAGGAUUUUUAUGAAGGGCUGAAAAAAUGUAGGUAAGGAAAUUUUAGAAUACAGCAAAAAGUACGACAUCCAGAACAUUACAAGUGCUGCAUGAUGUCCAUUUUACUUCCUUUUUUCAACACUUUUUUUUUUUGUAAUCAACACUUUUCACAAAUAUGAGGAAACAAAACCACAGGGGAUACUCAAAGGAGCAGAUCCAGGUGCCCGUGUACCACCCCACGCCCAGCCAGGCCCGGCUGGCCACGCAGCUGACGGAGGAGGAGCAGGUGCGCAUCGCCCAGCGCAUCGGCCUCAUCCAGCACCUGCCCAAGGGCGUGUACGACGCCGGCAGGGACGGCUCCGAGAAGAAGAUCCGAGAGUGUGUGAUCUGUAUGAUGGACUUUGUGUACGGGGACCCCAUCCGGUUCCUGCCCUGCAUGCACAUCUACCACAUGGACUGCAUAGACGACUGGCUCAUGCGCUCCUUCACCUGUCCGUCCUGCAUGGAGCCCGUGGAUGCUGCUCUGCUCUCUUCCUAUGAGACCAACUGACCCCGCCCCUGCCGCCGCCGCCCCCACCCCCUGCCUGCUUCUGUGGGCCUCCUCCUUGCCGGCACCUCCAGACACGCAGAGCCCUCCCCACGCUGUCUCUGACGCCUCCUCCUCUGCGGCAGCGCUGGGGAGGGAGGGGCUCUGGCGCUGAUGCGGGGGGGGGGGUCUCUGAGGUCCCCACCUCCCCCCUCGUGGACGGCGGGAGAAACGGGCCUCCCUUCUCCUGCGUGGGCCUUGCUGGCCAGGGAAGCCUGCAGGAGAGAGAGGCCCACGACCGGGCGCCGCACUUCACCAAAAAAACAGACCUCCUGAUGCCCCAUCGAUUGUGGUGCCCGGCAACGACGCACGGAGGGAAGCCGCAAGCAGCCCGACGGACGGACCCCUGGGAAUUGGAUCAAUCCGAAAGGGGAAUGGCCUUGCGUGGAACUCUGGCUCCCGCUGACGGGAGUCUCUUGUCCUGGAAGAAGAUGGAUUCCACACCACCUGAGAGGAGGGAGUUGACUCUUUGUUUAAGGUCUGCUUGUUCUCGACAGAGGGAGGACCUCUGUUCCAAUCAGUCUGUGAAAGGGCUCAUUCGAUUCCAUUGAAUUUCAGGCGGGGGGUGGGGGGGGGGGAAGCAGACAUGCCUGUACUACCCAUGCAAAUGCACAUUAAAAACACACACCUAGGAACUUGCACUUCAGUACGGGGCAUAAUGGAAAAUAUUUAUGUCUGUAUAACUGCAUUUGAAUUGCAAAAUACAUUUACCUGUAUACCUUAUAGCUUUGAAAUAUUUUUCUAACCACACAGAUUGUCUAAACUCAAGAUGCUUAUCGCCAUUCGGCUGAAGUGGUGGCUGAAUCUGUGCCGCGUGAGUGUGUGGCUCCCAGUGCUGUGUGAACAGUACCCAGGACUCCUUUUCAUGUCAAGUUCUUUUUUUUUUUUCUUUUUUCUUUCUUUAAAAAAAAAAAAAAUGGAGUCAGAGGUCAGAGGUUUGCACUUUCUCAUUGUUGACGAAUGAACUGGUCACUGAUGGUGUCCAGAAGCCCUUCCGCUCCACCGACACUGAUCUCCGAGGGGCCGGACGUUCCCUGUUUGGACGUACGCUAGAGCCUCCAUUACAGCCAGUCAGAGUUUUCAGUCUGUCCGUUCUGAAUGAACCCUGCCCUCCUUUCGUUCCUAUUGUUCACUGUUGUCACCUUCUCCUUUCCUCCUGGCUUUACAGUGCUUGUUGGGCCCUGUUCAACAUACACUUUGCAGUGGGAAAGGGUCACUUUUUAAAGAAGAAUGUCUGAGUCUAUUCUGGCCUGAGCCUGAUUGCGUCUGUCGCAGUCCUAAGCUCAUCACACCUCAUUGUGCUUCGUAACGUGUUGGUGGCCCUGGAUUCAGUGGAAAUUUGCUCUAGAGCUGAUAUUGGUAAUUCCAGUAAAACAUUGACACAAUGAGGGUUCAGAUAUGAGUGUGCAAACCGCUGCCCUGACUUUCGCUAUUUGUCUGCAAUAUUGCGAGUGUGUGUGUGUUUGCGUGUGCACUUUAAAAAAAAAAAAAAAAAAAAUUAAAAAAAGAGAACUUGUAAAUAGAUAUUUUUUUUUGUUUCCAGUGGUUACCUUUUUCUUUUAAAUGCACUCAAAUAACCUUAAAAAUGAUUGAAGGAUUUCAAAAAAAAUGAUUGCAUUUCGCUGUAGACAUUAAUUUUAUGUAAGGUCUUCUAUAAGGUUCUAGGAAAUCUGAAACAUGAAAAUUAGUAAUGACACAUUCAUGCUCCUCUUGAGGUUAGGACAAAAUAAUCCUGCUCUAUUUUUCCAAGCAAUUAGAGGGUGUAUGUUCAUUUUUUGCCCAAAUACGUUUACCUGUUGUAGCGGUGUUGUGGUGGAUUUCCCCUCUUCUUUAUACCUAGGGUAUAAUGAAAUGUAGUGGCCCAUUAAAUCUUGAGCGUUUAACAAUACACAAUAUAAGAAAAAUGUGACAUCACUCUUUCAUUGCAUUAGCCUUUUUCUGAAACACUGCUUUUUGAUUUCAUUUUUCAAGGUAUUGUUAUGAGUGUGACAGCUUGGUAGCAGUUGUAGUUCCCGCCCAUAUGGGGAAAAAGAAAAACAUUUGGGCGUAGUCCACCUUGUGAAGUGUGUUUGGUCUUUCUAAAUGAAUGUCAUGGCAUGCAAGUGUGUCGAUUUCACAAUGAAGCCAGUGGAAAGUAUGCCUUGGUUUCAACCGUUUGGGAAACUUUCUUUUGAUUCGCUGGAAUUUUUUGAAACGAUGGCUGUCGGUGUAGUUAAUGACGCGGCAAGUUUAGAAAACAAAGAAAAUACGCAAUCUGUUUCCUUCCUUGUUCUAUGUGAUGGACUGUACUAAAACAUGAGAUUAUUUCUACUUGCUUAUAUUAAAAUGAACCUAUGUGCCCUGUUAUCUUAAAAAUAUUUAUGAAAGCACAAACAAAGCAUAAAAACAUACUAUAUAUUUUUUUUUCUUAUUCACCUGAUAUUAUUUAAAGUAGAGCCUUUUUACUUUGUCACGCUGGCAUUUUCACACUCUAAUUUGGUGUUUAGGAACUACACUUGCUUAUAAGCAGUAAUGAGUUGUGUCCAUGUGUGUCGCACAGCCUCUCUCUUGCAUCUCAGCAGGUUUGAGCUGCUGUUUCCCUCUAAGAGCUGGAAGGAAAAUGGCUGAAUCCAGUACCCCGAGUCUCCAGUCAGCCGUGGGGGAGCCCUGGGCCAGGUGUUGCUCCGUGAUGUCGGAGCGUGGUGGUAGUGGCACUCGACGGUAGUAUUGGAGAAGUACAUUUUUGCAUGCCGAUUUGUUGUUUUCUUCUCUCCGUUUCAAAAUGGCCGCCGUCUUUCGGUCGUGUGAGACUGGAGGGAUUCGAUUGGGUCCCAGGCUGGCUCAGGAUUCUUUUCUAGCUGGUUGUGAUCAGAGGACAGUGGGCAAGCAUAGUCAGAGGGUAACCUGUUAGACAUUGAUACAUAACAGACAUUGGAUUCUAUGUGUGGAAAACUGAGAAAAUGAAAGGUCUCGUUUUUUGAACGGACCCUCCGCAACUUACAGCAGCAUUCAGUACAGGGUUGCAAUGCAAAAAUUAGAAGAUGUGUGUAGGGUAUGUUUGUAUGUAUGUAUUUGUGUGUGAUUCAAGUUCCAAUGCCUGUUUAAUAUGGGCUGUACAAAACAAAACAAAAUGCCCAUACUUACUGGGUGUGUUCUUUGCAAUUAUUAGAUGGUCUUGAUCCAUAUGUAUGUGUGACAGUGAGAAAUAUCUGUAUGCUGUAAGUAUGUAUAUACGUAUGAUAUGUACUUCAGGCUUAGCAUAAAUAAAUAGAAACUAUGCUAUGAAA